UUAAAAGGACCCGUUCUUGCCACCCCGUUAAUUAUUGCUACAAUUAAUGGUUGUCUGAGGUUAAGAGGCUCGCUUUGCAACCAAGCAGUUCCAGGUUCAGUCUCACGGCGCGGCAUCUUGGACAGAUGUUCUCUUACUAAAGCUCCGGGGGCCAAACCAAUGCCUUAUGAGUGAACUUGGUAGACGGAAACUGUGAGGCAGCCCCCCCACAUGUUUGUGUUUGUGACACCCGCCCGUUCCCGCCAUCGACUACCGCUUGACAACCGGCGCUGGUUUGUUUAUGUCCCCGUUACUCAUCUGCGACUGACUCGUAGAGUUAGUGGCAGACUUAAAGGUUCAGGAAUAGAUUUUUUUCAACUUUUCAAGGCGGUACCGAAGCACGACCGAAUCUAAUAACCGAAACAAGCAAAAGAUAAAAAAAAGAUACCUAUAUAUUGUUAACCUCCAACUUCCCAAAGACUCAAACCCGGGGGGAGAAAAACUCUUCAGAAAGAACGUCCCAAGCCAAAUGGCCUACAAGCAGAAAGUGGCCGUAAUAGGAUGUGGCCCGGCAGGAUUAUGUAUGUUGAGAUAUCUGAUGCGAAUAAGCGGGGACCACGCUCAGACUUCGGAAUAUUUUGAGGCUGUGGGAUUCGAACAGCAGAAUCGGGUCGGUGGAACCUGGGUCUACGACGAGAAUGUCAGCUCUGGAGAAGAAGUCCGACCGUGGCAGUCCAGCAUAUAUAAAAACCUUAGAACGAACCUCCCGAAACAUGUCAUGUCAUUCCGAAACUUCCCUUAUCCAGAAAACUCCCCAUCGUUUCUGCACCACUCCGAAGUUCUGGCUUACCUCGAGGACUAUGCCAACCAUUUUGGACUCCACCAAUACAUCAAAUUCCAGACUCAGGUAACCCUGGUGGAACCGUGUUUGGCCAAGAGCUUUCUUCCCAGUCCGGUUAAAUGGAAAGUAACCUACAAGAAAUACCAAGAGUCUGCAGAGAUGGGAGCCAAAGAAGUAUCACAAAUAUUCGAUGCAGUGGCCGUGUGCAACGGUCACUAUUCUGUGCCGUAUUCUCCGUCAUUUAUUGGUGAAGAGAAGUUCCAGGGGACAAUACUCCAUAGCCACGAUUACCGAAGCCCAGAGCAGUUCUCCGGAAAGAUCAUUGUGUGCGUUGGAGCAAAGAGUUCUGGGAUAGACAUAGGCAUUGAAUUGUCCUCGGUUGCCAAGAAGGUGUUUUUGAGUCAUCGAGGUGACCCUUUAACCAGUGAGCUACCGAAAAAUAUGAUUCAGAAACCAGAGAUUCAAGAAUUUAUUUCUAAUUAUGUGGUUUUCGAAAAUGGUGAAACAGAGCAAGUAGAUGCGGUGGUGCUUUGCACUGGUUACAAAUUCAGCUUCCCGUUCUUGCACGACAAAUGCAAUCUGAAAACCUUACACAACCGAGUGACCCCCCUCUAUAAACAUCUGGUGCACGCUGACUUUCAUAAUUUUUUCUUUCUCGGCAUUUGCUCACAAGUGGCCCCUUUCCCCAUGCUUGACAUGCAAGCUGCUUUUUGCAAAGCUGUUCUUCAGGGCCAGGUGAGUUUGCCAAGCACUAGCGAGAUGAUACGAGACGCCAAUGAAGAUUUUGAGGAAAGAUUGAAAUCUGGUCUGGCCAAACACCAUGCGCAUUUGAUGGGUUCGCGACAGUGGGAAUAUAACGAUGAGCUUGCGGACAUGUGUAAUGUUCCUCGUUUGCCAGUUCAGAUAAUGAACGUUUACAAAUUUGUGGAACAAAGACGAAGCAAGUUCCCCAUGGUAUAUAAAAAGGUGCCAGUCGCUUAUCACGCCAAAUAAUCACAGGUCAGCCCAAUAAGGGUGAAGUGCUUUAACAAAAACAUUUUAAGGGACAAGCAAGGAUGCAAGAAAUACUAAAUUCAUUCCAGGCACAGCUUGCCUUGAAUCUUUUACUUCUUGCCUCUUGAACCAUUUAGCAUUUAAACUGGUCAUAACAGGCUCAAUGUUUUGCGUUCAAACCAGCUAGAUCUAGCCUAUCACACCUACCCUACAAUGUCAUUCUAAAAAUAAAUGCCUGAAUGUUC